CGGUGUUUUUAAGGAUUGCUCAAUUCAAUUCGAGACCUCUGAGAAUGCAUUUGUGUUGAUCUUUGUGAUUGCUCGGACCUUCUUCAUGUUAUCGGGCUCAGCAGCCGCAGUUCAUAUUCUCUCCGCCGGGGGGGGCGAGUCCACGCACUGACUGGGGCGCAUAACAAACAUGGCGACAAGGCAGCCGUUCAGGAUGCAGGUCCCGGUGCUUCUUACGGUAUAUUUCAUACUGAAUAUAACUCCCGGGUGCUUUACUGAGACACUUCACCUGCACGGAGAUUUGCGGUUAUCCCUGCCACAGGAGAAAGGUUUUGCCUGGGUGAACGCGGAGAAUGGGUACCUCGGAGCCGGGAGCCGGGACUGGAGCCAAGCUGUGCGGGGAGACCGUGAGCGGAGAUCGGCGUCGAGACAGCAGCCGCACCGCAGCCGGAGGAGCACCGCGGAACCACAGCUGCUAAAGGUGUACGGGGAGGUCAGCCUGAAUGACUCCCACAAUCAGAUGGUGGUCCACUGGGCCGGGGAGAGGAGCAAAGUCAUUGUGGCGCUUGCCAGGGACAGCAUUGGAGCGCCGGGGGCAAAGCGUAGCUCGGUGUACGUCUCUUACGACUACGGAACAAAAUUCCAACAAAUAUCGGACAAAUUUCAGCUACCAAAAGACUCCAGCGGUCAGCAGGCUAUCGCUCAGUUCUACCACAGCCCGGUAGACAACAAGCGGUACAUCUUUGCAGACCCCAGCAACUCCUUCCUCUGGAUCACUUUUGACUUCUGUGAAACUGUCCAGGCAAUCCCAGUGCCCUUCAAAGCCACCGACCUGCUGCUUCACAGCAAGGAGCCUAACCUGGUCCUGGGCUAUGACGGCUCCAACUCCGACAAGCAGUUGUGGAUGUCCGAUAAUUUUGGCCAGACUUGGGUGAUGAUCCAGGAGCACGUGAAAUCGUACUUUUGGGGAGUGGAGCCGUAUGACAGCCCCACCACUGUGUUUGUGGAACGACACGAGCCCAUGGGCUCCUCCAGCAUCCUGUCCAGCACGGACUUCUUUCAGAGCGAGGAGAACCGCCACCUGCUCCUGGAGAGAGUGGACAGCUUCCAGCUGCGCGACAAGUACAUGUUCGCCACCAAGACUGUGCCACUCCUGGGGAGCCAGCAGCAGUCCUCUGUGCAACUCUGGGUAUCCUACAACCGCAAGCCCAUGAGAGCAGCCCAGUUCAUGACCAGGCACCCCAUCACUGAAUAUUACAUCGCAGACGCCUCUGAGGACCAGGUGUUCGUGUGCGUGAACCACAACAACAGCGUGACCCACCUGUACAUCUCAGACGCUGAGGGGCUGUCCUUCUCCCUGUCCCUGGAGAACAUGCUGUACUACAGCCCAGCCGGGACUGGCAGUGACACACUCGUGAGGUAUUUUGCGAACGAGCCCUUCGCUGACCUGCACCGCGUGGAGGGGCUGAGGGGCGUGUUCAUCGCCACGCUGAUAAACGGCUCCUUCACAGAGGAAAACAUGCGCUCCGUCAUCACCUUCGACAAGGGGGGCACCUGGGAGCCCCUGCAGCCCCCUGCCUACGACAGCCUGGGGGGCACAGUCAGCUGUGAGCUCUCCAAAGGCUGCUCUCUGCACCUCGCCCAGCGCUGGAGUCAGCUCCUCAACAUCCAGCUUCGCAGAGUGCCCAUCCUAUCCAAGGAGUCCGCGCCCGGCCUCAUCCUGGCCACAGGUUCUGUGGGGAGAAACCUGGCAAACAAACCUAAUGUUUACAUCUCAAGCAGCGCCGGAGCCCGCUGGAGGGAGGCUUUAGAAGGUCCUCACUACUAUAGCUGGGGAGACCACGGGGGAAUCUUGAUGGCCAUCCCUCAGGGAGGACCUACCAGACAACUCAAGUACAGCACCAACGAAGGGGAGACGUGGAAGAGCUUCAGUUUCACUGAUAAAAACGUGUAUGUGUAUGGCCUGCUCACCGAGCCGGGAGAGAAGAGCACGGUCUUCACCAUCUUCGGCUCCUACGCAGACCAGGGGCACAGCUGGCUCAUCCUGCAGGUCAACACCUCCGACGUACUAGGAGUGCCGUGCACGCAGAACGAUUACAAGACGUGGUCCCCUUCCGACGAGCACGGCAAUGACUGUCUGCUGGGGCGCAAGGCUGUGUUUAAGAGGAGGACUGCUCACGCCGCCUGCUUUAACGGAGAGGACUUCGACCGGCCAAUCACUGUCAGCAACUGCUCCUGCACGCGGCAGGACUACGAAUGUGAUUACGGCUUCAAGCUGAGCGAGGACCUGUUCCUGGAAGUGUGUAUCCCAGAUCCCGAGUUCACAGGCAAGCUGUACGCUCCGCCCGUGCCCUGCCCUGUGGGCUCCACAUACCGGAGGAGCACAGGGUAUCGCAAGGUCUCGGGAGACACCUGCAGUGGAGGAGAUGUGGAGCUGCGCUUGGAUGGACAGACGCUGCCCUGUCCUGUGGGAGAGGCGAAUGAGUUCAUUGUGUACGCCCUGCGCAGUGCGAUCCACCGCUAUGACCUGUCCAGCGGGGCUGACGAGACCCUGCCUCUAACGGGCUUACGCAGCGCCGUCGCCCUUGACUUCGACUUCCAGCGCAACUGCUUGUACUGGGCUGACAUCGCGCUGGACACCAUACAGCGCUUGUGUCUGAACGGAACCAGUGGUCAGGAGGUGAUUGUCCGCAGUGACCUGCAGAAUGUGGAGGCUCUGGCCUUUGACCCGGUCAGCCAGCUUCUCUACUGGGUGGAUGCUGGAGCCCAGAAAAUCGAGGUAUCCAAUCCAGAUGGGGACUUCCGCCAUACAUUGCUGAACUCCACAGUACUGGAGCACCCCAGGGCUCUGGUGCUAAUACCUGGGCAAAGCCUGAUGUUCUGGACAGACUGGGGGGACAGUGCGGCUGGGAUCUACCGCAGCGCUAUGGAUGGCUCCGGUGUCCUCCGCAUCGUGUCCGAUGGGGUCAGGUGGCCGAACGGGAUCACCGUGGAUGAGCGCUGGAUCUACUGGACCGAGGCCUUCGGGGACCGGAUCGAACGAGCCGACUUCAGCGGGGGGCAGAGGACCGUGCUGCAGCAGGACCUGCCACACCCCUAUGCCAUCGCAGUGUUCAAGAAUGAGAUCUACUGGGAUGACUGGUCCCGAAUGGGUAUUUUCAAGGCAUUGAAGACCGUCUCGUCGAGCAGCGAGCUGCUGGUCGGGAGAUUGACCGGAGUCAUGGACUUGAAAAUCUUCUACAAAGGCAAAAUAGAAGGCCACAACUCCUGUGCUCACAAUCCCUGCAGACUGUUGUGUCUGCCCAAACCCGACCACGGACAUGUGUGUGUGUGUCCGGAGGGAGUGUCCAGCACCACGCUGCCCUCCGGCGAUCUGCAGUGUGACUGCCCAGCUGGCUACCAGCUCCAAAACCACACCUGCGUCAGACAAGAAAACACCUGCUUGCCAAAUCAGUACCGCUGCUCCAAUGGGAACUGCAUCAGCAGCAUCUGGCAGUGCGACAGCGACAAUGACUGUGGAGAUAUGAGUGAUGAACAGGAAUGCCCCACCACCUUGUGUGACCCCGAAGUUCAGUUCCGUUGUGUGGCCUCUGGCUCUUGCAUCCCCCUGGCCUUCAAAUGCGAUCACGAGGAUGACUGCGGGGACAACAGCGACGAAGAACACUGCAACGAUCACAAGUGUGGGGAGAAUGAGUUCACUUGUGCCUCAGGGGUGUGCAUCCGAUUAGCGUGGAGUUGUGACGGAGACAACGACUGCAGGGAUUGGUCAGACGAAGCCAACUGCACAGUCGCUCAUCGCACGUGCGAGGCGUCCAGUUUCCUGUGCCUGACGGGUCAUUGUAUCCCACAGCGCUGGGUGUGUGACGGGGAUGACGACUGUCGGGACGGCUCGGACGAGGACAAAAAACAAUGUGAUACAAGGGGAAGCUGUAAUGGGUUCCAGUGCAGCAACCAGACCUGCAUCCCAGCCAGCAAGCACUGCAACGGGGUCAACGACUGUCCAGAGGGGGAGGACGAGAAACACUGUGACCCCCUGUGCACGAGGUACAUGGACUUUGUGUGCAAGAAUCGCCGUCAGUGUCUGUUCCAGUCCAUGGUGUGUGACGGGGUUCGGCAGUGUGAAGAUGGAUCGGAUGAGGACUCUGCCUAUGCAGGCUGCUCCACCCGGCCGGAGUUUGAGAAGACGUGCGACUCGUCCAGUUUCCAGUGUCUCAAUGGGAUGUGCGUCAGUAUGGAGUGGAAGUGUGAUGGCAUGGAUGACUGUGGAGAUUACUCUGAUGAAGCCAACUGUGAGACCCCGACGGAGGAGCCUGGCUGCUCUCUCUACUUCCAGUUCCAGUGCAAGAACAGGCGCUGCGUCCCCUCCUGGUGGAAGUGCGACCGGGAGAAUGACUGCGGAGACUGGUCUGAUGAGGCUGAGUGCGGAGAUUCGGGGCUGAUCCCCCACACAACCAGCCGCCCCACCACCUGCCCCCCUAAUCGAUUCCGCUGUAAUUCGGGGGCCUGCAUCAUCAACAGCUGGGUGUGUGACCGCUAUGCAGACUGUCCAGACGGGGAGGAUGAGGAGGGCUGUCCCACUGGUGUAAACAUGACCACCACUCCCUCCCCCACGAGGCCCCCGGGAGGCUGCGGACAGGGGGAGUUCCAGUGCCAGCGGGACAGGCACUGCAUCCUGUACUGGAAACGCUGCGACGGGCACACAGACUGCCAGGACGCGUCGGACGAGGCCAGCUGCCCGACGCUCAGCCCCCUGCCCUGUGUGAACGGGACUCUGUGUGAGGACAGGGAGACCUGCAUCCUGCCGAACGAGCGCUGCGAUGGUUACCUCGACUGCUCGGACGGGAGCGACGAGCGCAACUGCACAGGCUCUGCCCUUGUGUACAAGGUUCAGAAUUUGAAGUGGACAGCAGAUUUCUCCGGCAAUGUUAGCCUGACCUGGUCUCAUGCAAAGAACCUUCCCCCAUCCAAAUGCACCUAUGUGGUGCACUACAGGUUAGUGGGUGAGAGCGCUUGGAAUGUGGUGGAAACCCACAGCAACAAAAGCAGCUAUGUGCUGAGGGUGCUGAAGCCAGACUCGUCAUACCAGGUGAAAGUGAUGGUGCAGUGCCUUCAUAAAAUGUACAUCAGCAACGACGUGAUCACCCUCCGAACACCAGAGGGAAUUCCAGACCCCCCUCAGAUACUGCAGCUGACCUGUGAUGCUGAAGAGAGCACAAGCAUCACUGUGAGCUGGCAGCCUCCUGUCUGCACCCACGGGCUAGUCCGAGAGUACAUCGUUGAGUACAGUGUGAAGGACAGCAACGAGUGGACAUCCCAGAGGAGCCCGAACACCAACCACACGGAGAUCAGAAACCUGCAGCAGAACGACCUGUACAGCGUGCGAGUGGCUGCCGUUACCAGCAGGGGCAUCGGAAACUGGAGCGCAUCCAGAUCAAUCAAGGUCAAAAAUUGCAAAGCACUCCCCUGUCCAAGGGUGUACAUCAACAGCACCACAGACAACUCAAUCACCUUGAGUAUAAAGCUGGACUCCAAAGUACAGGUGGAACAUUAUGUGGUGGAUGUCUCUUGGGUGUUUGAUGCACAUGUCAGAGAGAACAAAACUCAAACGGUCAAGCCCCAGACAAUUUCGCUAUCAGUGGAGCAUUUGACCCCAGGAACAGUCUAUGAGGUUGCUGUAUGGGCUGUAACCACGCUGGGAGACAGCCCCACCUCCUUCACCCGAUUGCAGACCACAAAUCAACAACCGUCCCCUCCGCUGCUCAAAGCCAGGGCUGUCAACCAGAACACCGUGGACUGCAGCUGGACUGGUCCCGAGGACGUGGUUUACGGUGUCUUCUUUGCUACUUCCUUCUUUGAAUUGUAUAAAAAUCCAAAGACCAACUCUACAACUUUCCACAACCUCACCGUGACUGUGGACAGUGAUGAGCAGUUCCUCUUUCUGGUGCGUGUGACCCAACCCUACCUGGGGCCCCCCUCGGAGUACGUGGUGGUGAAGAUGAUUCCCAACAACAGGCUGCCCCCCCGCCAGCUUCACGGGGUCAGUGUGGGGAAGAGCCAGGCCGUGCUGAAGUGGCAGCCCCCGUACGACUAUCCCAACCAGAGCCUGACCUAUGCCGUUCAGGUGAGGGACACCAUCAGGAUGCUGGAGCGCAGCUACAAGGUGACCACGAGCAACAACACGGUGGAGUACUGUGUGAAAUCACUGGAGCCAGGAGGCAGGUACAGCAUCUCUGUACGCCUGUCAAACAUGAGCAAAGAGGCCAGCUUCAUCCUCAAUACAGUUCCACUCUCGGCACCAGAAUCCCUGAAGAUCAUUUCAGAAAACGACCACAUCUUUCUGUUCUGGAAGAGCUUAGCUGUGAAAGAGAAGAGCUUCAACGAGAGCCGGGGCUAUGAGAUCCACAUGCAUGACAGCGUGACCAACACCACCACCUGUCUGGGAAACACAACCGAAUACUACUUCAAAAUCGACAACCUGAAGCUGGGCCACAACUACACCUUCUCUGUGCAAGCCAGGUGUCUGUACAACGAACAGCUGUGCGGAGCACCAGCCCUGCUGCUGUAUGACGAGCUAGGAACAGGCGCACUGCCCUCCUCCUCCAAGGCUGCGAAGUCCAGCGACGUGGCUGCCAUCGUGGUGCCCGUGUUGUUCCUGCUGCUGGUGGCGGUGGGGGUGGGCUUCAUCGUCCUGUUUGUUCGACACCGGCGGCUGCAGCACAGCUUCACAGCUUUCGCCAACAGCCACUACAACUCCAGACUGGGAUCGGCCAUCUUCUCUUCAGGGGACGAGCUGGGGGAUGACGAUGAAGACGCCCCAAUGAUCAGUGGAUUCUCAGACGAUGUUCCCAUGGUGAUCGCGUGAAGACCACGCCUCGCUCUCGUUCGUGUUCAUUGUUUUCUUUUUUCGUGACCAUGUGCCAAUGGUGAUAGCGUAUCGAAGCGUAGCGCUGUAUACCAAACCUCUAGAAAACAAUCUGGGACCUUCGAACUAUCUAGAAGCUAGUUCUGGGGUUCGUAGUAGUAAUAAAUAAAAUUUAGAAAAAGAAAGAAAUAUUUUUAAAAUACGAUGCACUUUUCUGAUGCGCAAUAACUUAUUUUUUUAUAUUUGGUGGUGGGGGGGGGGGGGGGAAAGGACUUUAUAAAAUGUUACUGUGAAGAAAAUAAGUUUCGAAUGAAAUGGUUCUGUCUUAUAUUCUUACACAGUUAAGUUACAAAGAGUGCUUAAUGCAUGAACCGGUUCAAAUAAACCGAACGCAAGACCUUGUGACCUGGUCGUAGACAUGCAGCAUUUUUUCGUUCAGUAAGAAGCAUAAACGGACCAAUAUCUUUUAAACGCCCAUCGAAAAACAAAAUAAUAAUAAUCAAAGGUACGAAAGCUGUUGAUACACGUAAAACUGAGCUUUUAAAGGGUUGUGUCUCAUGCAGUUUCUGUUGGUCGAAAAGAACGGAAAGCAAAAUGCAUUCUGUAGCUGCUUCUUAACUGUUGUAAAAUGGAUAUUUUUACAAGAAACUUUCUGCCCAUUUCAAAAUGUCUUAAGCUGUUUAACAACGUUUAUGUUUUGGAGCUCCAAUUCAGAAACCAAAUGCAAUGCUGUCCCCUCCUGUCGGCUUACAGUAGUUAACCUGAGGGACACUUUAACCCUCCAGGUGACAAUGGACUUGCAAUGUGAAAGCAAGGCUUGCAAACAGAUUUCUUUAACAUAGCACCAGAGAUUUCAAGUGAAAAUGGCACGUAAAAGUACCAAGUACAAAAGUAAGAGUACCUUUGGUGUUGAAUUUAUAAGCCUGACUGUCAGCAAACAGAAUGCUAAGACCACACUCAGUUUAACGUGUAUCGGAGGGCUGAGAGAUGGGUGAUUUUUAAGCUUGCAAAAAAACAGAAAAAGCUUCUUUUUGAAUUUCCCCUCACACUGUUGUGCGGUUGUUUAUAUUCUGUGUAUUGUGUCUGUGUAUAAGAGCCAUUUUAACUGGAAGCUGUUUUUUUUGUUUUCAGUUUCAUUAUGAAUGUAUUGCUUUGAUCUGUGUUGUUCACCACUGUGAGGUGAUGGGUUUAUUGUACAGUCCCAGACUGCGUUGCGUAUUGAACGGUACAAUCCCAUUCAAAUUCGACACACCCUUUUUGAAUGUGUCAAAAGCCAUGGCCGUCUUACAGGGGCAUAUUUCUUUGCUUUUGGUUUUUAUAAACCAUUUUUUUUGGUACUUUGUUUUUUUUGAAUAUAUAAAACAACCAAUAUUUUCCCUGUUUUACUGUACAGAUUGCAUUCGCUAUUGAAAAUGAUUUAAUUUGCCACUAAGGCUGAGAAUUAUUGGAGGUCUGUGUUAAUUGGAUUUUCAUUUUAUCAUUCCAAUUAAUGUGCGUCCAGUUCCUUGAGCACACUGAUCCCAGAACUUCAACUCGCCUUGUCUUACUGGGAUUGAAUUUCACAGAUUCUUAACCAGUGUGUCCUGUCUCUUUACAUUCUCGGUCAUUUUUCCAUCAUCAAAUCAAGGUGGCGUUUUAAAACUUAAAGAUCAAAGCGUACCUACAGAGAUACAGCGUUGCACCAGAGUGUAACCGUUAACCUGUCCCCCUGCAACACUAGGGGAUAUAAGAAACGGCCCGUUUGUUCCGUGAGUUGUAGCUGCUGCACCAGGAGAGAAGACAUGCUUUUAGAAACGGAACAUGAUGGACAAAGCGACUCUAAACAAGGGCAACACAUUAGUCAAGAUAAACUUUGUUUUAGCGUUCCUAAAGCCUCCAGGGAUGCUGGGAAGCUUCCUCCUAAAUGCUCAGACCUUUUACAGCAUUUUAUUUUUGUAUUUCCUUGCUCCCAUUCCUAGAUGUUUAAAAAACAGCCAGGGACGUUUACCUGUCGCCUAUCACUUCAGCAGUGCGAUCCUCCACAGGGCUGCUCCCUCUUUAUAUAAUCUUACGGUACACGGUUUGCCAUAUAUGCCUUACGACGCACUGUAUUUGUAUGUGUCAUUCGAGUGCUGCAGUGCAAGAAAUGCUUUUCCGCAGGUCAAGGGGAGAGGGCACAAUAGAAAACGAUAAGAAAAAGGCUGUCGAAGCAGUAUUCCAUGCCCAACGGUACGCAAACGCUUUCAACAGCAGCAGUACGUUUUAAUCCUGUUUGAUGAAUGGCAAACAAACGGUUUGAAAAAUGUUAAAAGAAGUCUAUUGCCACAGCCUAACAUUUUGUUUAAUGCACUUCUGCUGGUUGGCUGGUCUAAGUCAGUGGUACUCAACUCUGGUCCUUGAGAUCCAGUCCAGGUUUUAACUCCAGCAGGUUCUAAUGUAGUUAAUAGUAAAUGCGUUCUGCGUAAAAAACUUUCACAGCAUGUCACGGCUGCGCUAUAUCACAAAAUUAAAAACGUGAUCUUACUUAUUAAUAUCGGGGAUACGGUUACAAAAGAUUCCAUGAGAUUUAGACCCUUUUUCUUUUUUUUU